AUGGAUGAGAAAAAUUUCACAACAGUGAAGGAGUUUAUACUUUUAGGGUUCACGACAGACCCGUGGUUACAGAGCGUUCUCUUUUAUAUCUUCCUCAGCAUUUACGUCAUCAGUCUGUUGGGAAACAUCACCCUGAUUUCUCUUAUCUGUGCUGAUUCUCAGCUCCACACACCCAUGUAUUUCUUCAUUGGGAAUCUGUCAUUCCUGGAUCUCUGGUAUGCUUCUGUCUAUGCCCCCCAAAUCCUGAUGACCUGUAUCUCUGAUGACAAAAGCAUCUCUUUUGCUGGCUGCCUAGCUCAGUUCUUCUUCUCAGCUGGCCUGGCCUAUAGUGAAUGUUACCUUUUGGCCGCCAUGGCUUAUGACCGCUAUGUGGCCAUCUCCAACCCCUUGCUUUAUUCCCAGGCGAUGUCUCCAAGGCUAUGUGCCAGUCUUGUUGCAGCUUCAUACUUUGGUGGCUUUGUGAACUCAACCAUCAUCACCAGUGAAACAUUUACCUUGAGCUUUUGUGGGAAGAACAUCAUUGAUGAUUUCUUCUGUGAUCUGCCACCCCUGGUCAAGUUGGCUUGUGAUGUGAAGGAAAGUUACCAGGCUGUGCUCUAUUUCAUACUUGCCUCCAAUGUCAUCACUCCAACGGUGCUUAUUCUUGCUUCCUAUCUCUUCAUCAUUGCUGCCAUCUUGAAGAUUCGCUCUACCCAAGGUCGCCUCAAGGCAUUUUCCACUUGUGGCUCUCACCUGACAGCUGUAACCUUGUACUAUGGUUCAAUUCUCUUUAUUUACUCCCGACCAAGUACUAGCUAUACCCUGGAAAGGGAUAAAGUGGUGUCAGUGUUCUACACAGUGGUAAUUCCCAUGUUGAACCCCUUGAUCUAUAGCUUAAGAAAUAAAGAUAUUAAAGAUGCCCUGAGGAAAAUGAUAGAUAGAGCAAAGUAUCUUAAACAAAGAUUUUGGUAA